GGUAGGAGAACAGAGAGAGGAGAUCCCUGCUCGUUGGCGCUCGGUGCGUGCAGUGCCGGGAGGAGGCUGCGGGCGCCGCUGUUGACCGAGAGGAGCGAGAGGAAGGUCGGAGCGCUGCAGCCCCGCCCGCUGCGGCCCGGCUCGAUCGCUGGAUCGCUGGAUUCCUGGGUCGGGAAGCGGUCUGUUUCCGAUCUUCCCCGCGGUGCGUAGCCGGGCUAUAGGGAGGCGGAGGGGCCGGCGGCAGCAGCCUGGAGCGGCAAGUCGGAGCCGGAGCAGGAGCCAGAUCCAGUGACGGCGGCGGGGAUCUGCCUGCAGUGUUGCGGUACCGGCGGUGCGGCGGCGGUGAUGUGCGCGGCGGGGAGGCGCUGGGGCCGGCGGCAGCGAGUGCUGCUCUGGGGCGUCCUGCUGGCGGCCUGGGAGGCGGCGUGGGGGCAGCUGCGCUACUCGGUGCCCGAGGAGAUGCCCAAGGGCUCGUUCGUGGGCGACGUGGCCAAGGACCUGGGGCUGCAGCUGCCGGCCCUGCGGGAUGGCGGUAUCCACCUCUUGCACAAAGGCAGGACGCAGUAUUUUGCUCUGCACGGAAAGACGGGACAUUUAGUGACGGCCGAGAGGAUCGACAGAGAAGACUUGUGCGAGAGUGUGGAGCGAUGCGUGCUGCGCUGUGAGCUGAUAGUAGAGGUGGAAAUGAAGGUUUACGGAAUCGAAGUGGAAAUCACGGACAUUAACGACAAUGCGCCCAGCUUCCGAGAGACAGAAACGCAGCUGAGAAUGAACGAGAUGACAGCCCCGGCGUCGCGUUUUCCCCUCCCAGACGCUCACGACCCCGACUCUGGACGGAAUUCCCUGCAGAGUUACGAGCUGAGCGGCGACGAGCACUUCUCGCUGGCCGUGCAGACGGGCCCCGGCGGGGAUCAGCGUCCCGAGCUGGUGCUGGCGAAGGCGCUGGACCGGGAGGAGGCGGCGUUCCACGAGCUGGUGCUGAGGGCGAGCGACGGCGGCGAGCCGGCCCGGACGGGCACGGCGCGGAUCCGCGUGACGGUGCUGGACGCGAACGACAACGCGCCCGUGUUCAGCCAGGCGGAGUACACGGUGCGUGUGCCGGAGGACGUGCCCGUGGGCUCUGUCCUCGUCACCGUCACGGCCACCGACCCCGACGAGGGUCUGAAUGGGCACGUGAAAUAUUCGUUUAAGAAAAUAAAAGAAAAAGAGUCGCAGAUUUUCCAGCUAAAUGCUGAGACAGGAGCGAUCACACUGUUGCGAAGCCUGGACUUCGAGGAAGGCGAUUCCUACGAACUGGAGGUGCAGGCACAUGAUGGUGGAGCUCUCUUCGACACAGCUAAAGUCGUAGUCACCGUGACAGAUGUGAACGACAACGCUCCUGAACUGAUAGUGUCGUCGGCGCUGAAUGCAAUAUCGGAGGAUACCCCGACCGGGACGGUGGUGGCCCUGCUGCACGUGCAGGACCAGGACUCGGGAGCAAACGGCGAGGUGCGCUGCUCGCUCGAUGGGAGCCACCCUUUCCGCCUGGAGAAGUCCUUGGAGGGCUACUACCGCGUGGUGACAGCGAGAGAGCUGGACCGGGAGCAGCAGUCGGAGUACAACGUGACGGUGCGGGCGGCCGACGGCGGUCGUCCGUCGCUGCAGAGCAGCAGGGUGCUGUGUGUGCGGGUGCUGGACGUGAACGACAACGCGCCGGUGUUCUUGCAGGAGCGCUACAGCGCUCGGCUGCCGGAGAACAACGUGGCGGGCUUGCUGGUGCUGCGGGUGCGGGCGACGGACUCGGACUGGGGGGAGAACGCGCGCGUGCGGUACCGGCUGGGGGAGGGUGGUGUGCGGGGCUCGCCGCUGUCGUCGUACGUGUCGGUGCAGGCGGAGACGGGCGCGCUGUACGCGCUGCGCUCGUUCGAUUACGAGGAGGUGCGCGAGGUGGGGCUGUGGGUUUGGGCGGAGGACGGCGGCUCGCCGGCGCUGAGCAGCAACGUGUCGGUGCGGCUGGUGAUCGUGGACGAGAACGACAACGCGCCGCAGGUGCUGUACCCGCCGGCGGCGUUGGGCUCGGUGUGGUCGGGCGUGGAGCUGGCGGCGCGGUCGAGCGAGGCCGGCGCGCUGGUGGCCAAGGUGGUGGCGGUGGACGCGGACGCGGGUCAGAACGCGUGGCUGUCGUACGAGCUGGCCAAGGCGACGGAGCCGGGGCUGUUCCGCGUGGGGCUGCACAGCGGCGAGGUGCGCACGGCGCGCUCGCCACUGGCCCGCGACGCGGCGCGCCAGAGCCUGGUGGUGCUGGUGAAGGACCACGGGCGGCCGGCGCUGUCGGCCACGGCCACGCUGAGCGUGGUGCUGGCCGAGAGCGUGGCCGAGCUGCUGGCCGAGCUGGGCAGCGCGGCGCGGGCGGAGGCGGAGGCGGGGGCGGGCGAGGCGGGCGGCAGCCUGACGCGCUGGCUGGUGCUGGCCGUGGCCGCCGUGUCGUGCCUGUUCGUCGCCUUCCUGCUGCUGCUGCUGGCGCUGCGCCUGCGGCGCUGGCGGCGCUCGCAGCAGCAGCUGCUGGCGGCGGGCAGCGGCGCCUUGCGCGGCGUGCCGGCCACGCACUUCGUGGGCAUCGACGGCGUGCGCGCCUUCCUGCACUCCUACUCGCACGACGUGUCUCUCACGGCCGACUCGCGCAAGAGCCACCUCCGCUUCUCGGCCGCCAGCUGCUGCGACACCCUGCCGGCCCGGCCGCCGCCCGACGAGCCCGCGCCGCUGCUCGGAGACGAGGAACCUGCCGGUGCCCAGCAGGCGGACCCCGCCCCUCUCCCGGUGAGUUCCUAUGAAGCCGAGUGUUUCGGUGACGUUUCCUUCUGCUACUCUCUUGCUCUUUCACCCCGUGAUCUGUGUUACUCGUAGGGAGGAUCUAGACGUCUUUUCAUUGCCCAGGUUUACACGUGGAGCAGGCAGAAGCAGGGAAUCUUCUUACUGGAGGUUCAUCUAUAAUUUUAAUUAUGUCGUUACUGUGUUUCACGUUGUUCACUGGCACAAUUUUUCCUGGGGAACAGCUUGCCCUUUGCCUUUAGAAUCUUGGUAUUUCUUCUUUGAACUGCAGAUGGCAAACCUGUUUGCAUAUUAUGAGGGUAAAAAAAAAGUGUGCAUUUUUCGGGGUUUUCUGUCCUUUUUCAUUAUUACACAAUAUGACUUUCUUUCUUACUGGAGAAAGUAAGUAUUGGGAUUCUUGGUAUUGUACUUCUCUUAGUUUGCAGGUCGAUAUGAUGUAUUUUACUAAUAGCUUAAAGAUGUACUGGUUAUAAAUGUGACAGUGACAGCUUUGGGAGGAGCAAAAGCAUUGUUAGUUCCUGUGGCAGGAAGAAUGUGACAAGGAAUCAUGGGAGUUGUAGUUUUCUGGGUUCUCACGCUUGCUCAAUCAAUACUUGAUUGUCAUUGGUUGAAAGAUCAUGUGACAUGUUUAAGCGCUGUAUUUAAACCGAAGUGUUUUGAAAGAAACCUCAGUUCUGCUCUGGCAUUCGUGUCUGAGUGGGGUUCGUGCUAAAACAACACCUUAAGUUCCCUCCUCAAUACCUGUGCUGGAACCUUGAAGAGUAUGUUCUGACUGGUUCAUUUCUACAGGUGUUAACAUUUGCCUUGCUCAUUGUGAGGAUCCAACUGUGGGCCUUUACAUCUGAGAGUAUCUCAUCAGCUCUGCUGAGGUUGUUGCCCAGUUGCCCUGGGGGUGAAGAAGGCUGGUAGUGUCUUCGAGCUGAUAUGUUGAUGACAGGGGUUUUAUAACACUUAUGGACUUGAGAAGGUAUUACAUUUCUUAGAGUAGUGAUGAGCAAAGAAAUCUCUUUCAUGCAUUAAUAUUUUGACCUUCAUUCUUCUCUAAGGAGAAACUGUGCCCGCGACUUUUGUCUCAGUGAUGCCUGUUUGCAAACACAUCUUUUUUGUUGUGUAAUGUUUGGACAAGGUGAAAACGUUGUGGCCAAGUUGUGGGUUCCUCAGUUUGCUUUCCUAUUGCACACUGUUCUCAGAGGCUGGUAGUUAAAUUUUGCUUUGCUUGUUGUGAUGAGGUAAAGGUGGGCCCAUGUGUGUCUGAAAAUGUCACUGGAAUCAGUGCUCUUGCUUGCCACAUACUCAGGAUGUAAAGUCAGUGCAAGAUCAGCCAGAGACUGGCCUAAAGCAGGGACAGUGGGAGCUGUAUGGUCCACAUGUGUGGGUGUGUUAUCAUGUUGGCAAGUGCCAAGGCCUGUGCCACUCACACCAGGUGCCUUUUUCCUGCAUCUGGGAAGGAGAGGACAAUCCUGUGAUGAAUUUGUCUGCAAGAAAUACCCAUGGAAGUGCAAACAUGCUUCAGAGAUUCUGUGUCUAAAAGCUGCUGCAUGAAACAUCAUUUCUCCAUCUAUAUUUUCCUGUAUGACCAUGAUGCAGAGUUCCAUGGUGGUUGUACUAAGCUUUUCCCAGCCUUUACCAACCUGCAGAUGUUAUUAAAGGCUCUUGCUUGUAUAAAGUAUCUGCCAAGGUUAUGUCCUGUAAUGUGUGAGUAAAGGCUGUGGCUGCAGAGCAAGGAGGAUCAGAGGCUGGCUUCCUCCUGGGAAAACUGGAGAAUGAAUGUGGUUUUGGCUGAGCAGUGGUUUGCUGUUGUGCCUGGUGCCAAGGCCUGUGCCAUCUUUUCUAUGACCCUGGUUUCCCUGUCCUGAAAGGCAAGGGUAGUCCUCUGAUAAUAGAACAUUUUUGCAAUAGCUCUGCAUUUAGAGGGAUGAUUCAUGGAGAGGUGUUUUGAAUGAGGGAUUUACAUUGCUUAAAGAAUCCCCUUCAGAGGUGUUAUCAAGAGUGGGUUUAAUAUGAUGUUGUAGACUGGUGGGAAUGGAAGGGAUGGGAGGGUAUUCUGGUCAUGAAUUUACUUGUUAUUUGAAGUAGUUGUGAGCAACUUACUCAUUGAAUCCUGUCUUGUCUGAUAGAGCUCUUCCUGAGAAUGCUGGUUUGGGGAGGUAGACAUGAAGUUUGCAUUAAUUUUGCAGAGUCACAUAUCUUCCAAAAUGCCCAUGUGCUGAGGAAGAAUGGUGGUGUCUUUGAGUUGAUUCUGAAGACUGACACUCCAACUCAGCCUUGUAUAGCUUAUGCCCACUAAAACAUUUUAGGUUUUUAUGCAUGUGUCUGUGUUAUGAUCCUUGUUCUCCCUAAGGAGAGUCUUUCAGUGAUGUCUGUCUGGAAAGGUAGCUUUUCCCAUUUCUUGUUCUCCAAAGAAAUCCCCUGGAGAACUGUGCCUCUGAAUACCAGAUCCUCCUCCUGUGUACCUGCUCCAUUUGACAGAGCCCCACAUAUUAGGCUAUGAUUCCUUCACUUCUCUGCGUUUGUCAUUCUUUCCUUGUUCUAAAACUGGACCUCAGUUUGGAUGAUAGUCCUUGAAAACAGGCCUGCUUAAAUUAACAGUUUGUACUCCUAUCUUGAGGGGGUUUAGCUGCCAAGACAAAGACUUCUGGUUCCCUAAGAUAUUGCUGAAUUUCACCUGAAUGUCACUUGCUUUUUCACUUGUGCUUGACAUAUGGCCAAGAGUUGGAUUUGUCUGUGGUGCAACUAAAGGUUGUGAAUGUAGAGCAAAGAGGGUGAGAGGCUGAAUUCCUGUUAGGCAAUUAGGUGAAUCCAUGAGUUUUUGUCUGAGCACUAGUUUGAUUUCACGGUGUGUCAAGGCCUGUGCCAUUUUUUCUGUGAUCCUGGUUUCCCUGUUUUCAAAGGCAAUGGUAGAGCUCUGAUAACAGAGCUUUUGUCCACUCACUCUGCAUGUAGAAGGAUGACGCAUGGUUAGAUGUCAUUAAUGAAUGAUUUAGUUUACUUAAGGAACCCCAUUCAGAGGUAUUAUCAAAAGUGGUUUAAUAGGAAGUUGUUGAAGUGUGUCUUUAACAAAGUUUGAUGUCAAGGUUCACUCUGUUAUUUACUACAUGGCUGAAACACAUAAAGAACUUUUAUUGAAUUAAUCCCCUGACCUUCGAAACGCCUGUUGGAGCUUUGAUUCAUCCAAGUCCUAUCUUAGUCUUAGGUGUGGACUCUGGUGUAUCUCUAAUAGAAUUAGCUACAUGGAUUUCAUUAGUAUUGACUGAGAUGUCCUCCUGGUGAGUUUCUCUGAGAACACUCUUAAUGCUUCUUUGCAUUGCUUGUCUCAUGUUUUUACUUUCCAGUCUCUGUAUGCACAUGUAAUUAUAUUUCCCAAGGCCUUGUUCUUCAGUGCCUCUUUCAUCAUGUUAUAGCUGGUGUGGAAGGCAGGAGAUGUGAGUGGCACAGCUUUGCAUU